AUGAUUGGUCAAGCUGGCGCAGGAUCUACAGGAUGCCAAGCAGGCUGUGCAGCCAAAAAGGCAAGGGGGGAAAGGGAUACAUUCAUAAGGGUUCCACCAGAAGACCAAAGACAUCCAUUGGGACGAUUUCAAACCCGGCUGCAGCAAAAGCAUGGUGUGGACAAAGAAUCUCCAACAGAUAGGAGCUGCGAAAGCUGCGUGCAACUGUUCUUCGCGGAGUCAAUCGCGGAGUCGACUGGCUCCAAAUAUGGGGUAAAUAGAGGUUUAACCCCCAUCCACAAUGCUUUGCAACGUCCAAUCCGGGGGGCGGAACGGCUGGACGGCGUGUGGCUUUCCCCAAACGCGCCUGCAAGGGCCUGCAGACAUGCAGCAUACUGGUGUAUGUGUCACAGGGUGGUGGUGAUGGUUAACGAGAAGAGCAUCCUCCGAUCCCGACGCAAAGAAAUUUCGAGGACUGCUGAUUUGCCCCAGUUGCGAACCGCAAGGGGAAGCGAGAGAACCAGCCCAACCCUUGCGGCAUCCACUAAUGAGAUGGCAACUGGGGAGGAGGGAGAGAGGGGCUUUCGGCCCGCCCCGUUGCCCAAGUGGUCGAAUUCUGGCCAGUUCCGAGGGUCCUCACGGCUUUGUGGAUUGGUGCCAAUGCCAGCAGAGAUGGAUGAGCAAUGUGUUUCCUAUUUGAGGUUGGCGCUUUUAAACGCUGUGCUCACGAGAAGCUUGUUAGCGGCUGUGGAGCAUGCUCUCGGGGCGUCUUUGCCAGGCCUUGGCGCGAUAGGGGCAUAUCGUUUGAAGUCCUUCUCCUUCUCUUUACUUCCUUUGGGCAACAGUGUCAUUCUGGGUGGCGGACGGGUCUUGAUGUUGUGUUCUAGAAUGACAUGGACCUUUUUCUCACCAGUGUAUCUCAUCGGAUGUUGUUGUGCUACCACGUUCUACGUCAGCACUAGAAAGAAGCCAAAACAGAAGGCGAAGACUCGAGGAGGCGUACAAGAUCUACCGCCUCCCUUGAUAACGCCAUCAGCAACAGCAUUCUAA